CACCGCCCGCUCGUCUCCCACGCAGCUCGCAGGAGAAAUUUGGAAGGCAGUGUGCACGCCUCGGAAGGUCCGGUGAAACUGUUAGUCGGUAUUUCAACAAAGUAAUGCACGCUAUUGGAGAGCUACGAAACGACUUCAUUACACCACCGUCGACAUCAACUCCAGCUAAAAUUGCAGGAAACCCAAGAUGGGAUCCUUACUUUAAGGAUUGUAUUGGAGCAAUAGAUGGUACACACGUGCGGGCCUCUGUUCCUAAACACAAGGAGGCUUCCUUUCGUGGUAGAAAGAGUUAUCCUACUCAAAAUGUUAUGGCAGCUGUAGAUUUUAAUCUUCGAUUCACAUUUGUGUUGGCCGGUUGGGAGGGGACAGCCCAUGACGCUCUAGUCUUACGGGAUGCUUUAGAGAGGGAAAAUGGUCUUCGUGUUCCACAAGGCAAGUUCUACCUAGUUGAUGCCGGAUAUGGAGCCAAACCUGGAUUUCUGCCCCCUUUUCGUGGUGUUCGGUACCACUUGAACGAGUGGGGCAACAAUCCUGUGCAAAAUGAGAAGGAAUUAUUCAAUCAUAGGCACUCAUCGUUGAGAGUCACUGUUGAGCGGGCAUUUGGUGCGUUGAAGAGGAGAUUUAAAAUUCUAGAUGAUGCCACACCAUUCUUUCCCUUCUCUACACAAGUAGAAAUUGUGGUUGCUUGUUGUAUUAUUCACAACUGGGUUAUACAAGAUGGAGGUGAUGACUUUAUCAUUGAAGCGAGUGAGGACUCGACUACCAUUAAUCAUCAUACAUCUUCUCAUGGACAAGCAGCAGAGCAUGCCUUUAUGGUUAACUUCAGGCAGGAACUUGCCAAUGCCAUGUGGGCAGACUAUCAUGGGAUGGACACGGAGGCAAGCGGUGCAAAAGCUGCUAGUGGACUGUGUCAAUGGACUCCAACUCAGUCCACAUUUGUGCUCACCUUUCUUACUAAUAUUGUAGCUGAUGGCACAAAGACCUCUACCGGCUUCAAGAAAGUUCAUCUCAACGCUUGUGCUAAGGCUCUCAACGAUCAUUUUAAACUCACAAGAACAGGUGAUCAAGUUAGUAAUCACUUGAAGACAUGGAAAAAGAACUACGCUAGGAUCAACUAUCUUAAGAAUUUGAGUGCUGCUCUUUGGGAUGAAGACGAAUUCAUUGUCUCUCUAGAUCAUGACCACUACAAAGGACAUAUGGCGGAUCCAAAAAAUAAAGCUGAUGAUGAAUAUUUGAACAAGCCUCUUCCAUACAAUGGUUUUCUAGCUACAAUCUUUGGCAAUAGCGUCGCUACCGGUCAGUAUGCAAAGAGUUCCAAUGACCCAAUUGGGACCGAUAGAAGUGAAGGUGUGAGCCAUGGGGGUGAUGCCACUGCAGAAAAUGAUGGGCUGAACCAUGGUAUUGAUAAAAGUGUCAUCAGUGAUGAUAUAUCUUCAUCAGCUAGACCAGCUAAGAGAGCCAAGACUAUUGAUGAUACCGGGAGAAAGACCGAUGGCUUGGUUGAAGCAUUUCACUGUGGCACCCAGACGCUAGCAAAUGCAAUAGCGCAAGCAAGCAGUGCUUUACCACAUGGUUUGUUCGAAGCCGUGGACAGUCUCCCAGGUUUUGAGCUUCACCACAAGACUCGAUACUAUCAGUACUUGGUUAGGCAUCCCAAUGAUGCUCAUGCUUUUGUGAAUCUACCAUCCGAUUGGAAGCUAUCGUGGUUUUCGAGUUUCGUGGCUGAGAACUUCUAG